AUGCUGCAGUACUAUGAGUCCUACUACCAGUCUUUGGGAUACCCACCAGGCACCGCGACGCAGAUGCUGGGUGGCGCGGGCGCAAAUCAGCAGCAGCACCAGAUGGCUCUCCCAGCGCCAAUGAUGCCAGGUGCUAUGAUGCAAGCUGCUCCAGCAGGAACGCCAGCGCUUCAGGAUUCCGCCUGGAUGCAGCCUAGACCGAUGGGCCUGCCAUUGGCUUUACCACCCUCGCGACACCCUGGCAUGAUGGCACCGCCAACUCCGCAGAACCGUGGUCGUUCACCUCGAGGGAACGAGACCGGCAAGAGCUUCGGCGACUUGGUUUCGGAGACAAACAGGCGGCCGUCCCGGCAACUACCACUGUUCACG